CGAGAACUUGGAAUUAAGGCAAACCUUUGGUCCUAAUUCAUUCAUCAAUACUUCUUCCUGCUUACCGCUGAUUUCUACCCACUAUACAUACGAAUUUAAUUCAUUGUUGGAAAUACACUAAACCUCUACGUUGACAGGGACACUCCCUUUUCAACGCCCUAGGCAUACACAUAGGCCGAAUUGCGACACUGAAUUAAAUUCCCCAGAACUUGGAACUACGUGGUAACUUACAACUUGUCAAUAAUCUUCCCGGGACCACAUACUUUGUUUCUCUACCUAUAAACAAGAAUAGAGUCUUAAGUACAAUGUUGGCCGCUCGAGAUCAAGAGAACCUUUCGUUCAACCGACAAAAUGGCGCUGCUCUCAAGCAACAACAGGGCCAAACCAAGCGCCAUCUUCAGCCCAACACUCCGGGAGCAAGAUUCGCCAAUACACCAAUCAAAGUUCCUUUGAAUGAUGAGAAUGGUGCCCACGCAGCCGGGGGUGCCAAGAGCAUCCUCGGUGGCAGAUCAAGGGGCAAUGAGAAUACUCUCACGUCUAAAGGAAAGAAGGGAUCUAGCAAGGUUAAUUUUGCUACACCUUCCGAAACACGAAGCCGAGCACCCCUUGGUAAUAAGACGACGAACGCAAAAGCCAGGAGUGGGCAAGCAGUGAGCGUUAAGAGUGCUGUUCAUGAACUUGAGAAGUCUCAGGUAAAGGCGUCAGCAACGAACAAACAGAAGCAGAAGCAUGCGCAGCCUGAGCUACAAAAACUGGAAGUUCAUGCUGAGGAGAUAGACCCAGAAAAUGAAGAGGAGAUCGAGUACUGUCCACCAAAGCCGAAGGACCUUCCGUACGAUUCUGAUGUCUUCCCCGAAGGCGUUCUCAAGUUUGAUGCUUUGAAACCUGAGAACCUGUUCAAGGGCUAUUAUGACUAUUACUACAACCCUGUCGAUGAAAAUGGGGUUUCUCUAGCCGACAAACAGCUCAAGGAGAAGAACAAGAAGGCCAUGGAGGAGUGCGACAGACGAAUCAUGGAGGACAUUGACAGCUUUGAAUGGUGCAUUGAAGAUGAAUUGGAUCCUGUCAAGAAGAAGGUCCCCGCUCUGGCCCCUAUAGAUGCCAAUGCGAAGAGACCAUUCAUCAGAGCUCCUUCCACCCUUCGAUCCAAGAAGGCUGCCGAUGCUCUGUCUAUGGAUGAGACAACAAUGUCACUGCAGCGAAAGGCAGCUCGAUCUGCGGAAGUUAAUAGAGCUCCUACCAAGAAGGCUACGUCCAUCCCCUUGCCUAGUCUUAGGCGACAGCCCAGUGCACAGGCGCACGUUGGGCCCAACAAAACGGCCAGUGAAAUUGAGGCCAACUCGAGAACCACGAUUGGGUAUAAUAGGGGCCGAUCUACCGCCUCACUACUUACCCAAGGAACCACAAAACCUAAGAGGCCGGCGUCGAAAACAGGGUUUACUCGUUCUGACACGACAUUGUCAACAGACUCUGACAAGACCAUUACUCCCGCCCAAUUCGCCAACGACCAGGCUUCUGCUGCUGCUGCCGAAGAUCUAGAAUGGAAAGAGAGGGUUCCGUUCCUUUCAAUUUUCAAUCCCGAAAAUGAAGAUGACGAAGAUGAAUACGAUCUCCUAGCAGGUGGAGUGUCUAAAGGUGUGGAUGAAGACGAGGAGUUCGAGUUUAAGCUCAUGGAUUAAGAAUCUCAUAUUAAUUAAUGGCAACCGGCGUUCAUGGUUAAGUCGGUUGAUAUGAGUGGGAACUCAGGUUGGCGUAUACAUAUUUGAUUUGACUAGAUUCGGAAGAAACGCUUCGGAUAGGAUCAAAAGCCUGUAUUCAUAGUUCACGAAGGUUGUCACGCUACUACGACUGCAUCUUAUCCAACGUAUGAUAAGACGAGCAUUUGUAGGGAGGUUGGACAGCCAUAUGAAUCUUCCCUAAUAGUCUAAACCAGCCUACAAAGUAGGCCAAUAUUUAUUAGGUACGCUUGCUAAGUAUCGUGGUAUCGUAGAGAUACAUCAAUGACAAAAU